AUGGCUAAAGGCGACUUUCACUGGGGAAAUGAAGCAAAACUGGUAUCAGCUGUGUGCGUUGCAAUCUCUAUGACCGAGUCUAAACGUACAGAAGCCAUUCCGCGGAUUGCGAGUCUGCUCGGUGAAUCCACCUCGAAUGUGUUAAGGAUGUGGUCAAGAGUCACAGAUACUCUGGAGCUCUUUCUCAGACCCACCACGCCUCUGCUCAAUCUCGAAAUCCUAAGGGCAUACUUGCAAGACGUCCUCGCGAUGCCAUAUGGUGUCCCAGCAAUUCUUCGUAACACCUUCAGCCUAUCAGGGGUGUCGCUCGAUGCGGUCUUUGGAAUGGCAGAACAGAUAGAUGCGUUUCUCGAUGCGAGCCAGGGUUUUGCAAGCAGCAGUGCCGCGUCUGUGGCCUGCGCAGUCCUUGUUCUAGCCCUAGAAAGUGUACACGGGGCUCCUAUACAGCCAGCUCCUUUACCGACAAUGGUCAAAUAUCUCUGCGACCGCGUGGGUGCCGCGCCGACAAGAGUCCUUGAGCACCGAAAGUCAAUGAUGGCCAUCUUUGAGGAUUGGGGCCAGUACCUACCAUGGGUCCCUCCACGCGUCUCUAUAGAUGCUCCGACACUGUGGGCAAAUUCCCGCAAGUCAGCCGCUGUCCGCGUAUUACCAGACGUCCUUCAAUUCCAGCACGAGAUCAGAGCAGCGAGACCAAUGGCCGAGAACGCCUCGAGCGACCAGGGAUUGACAAUCGUUCCUGAAGAUGGCGAAGUUUCUCCCUCAUUUCGCUUGCUAGACACUUAUCGCACCCGACGUCGACCAAAGGGGGCACAACUUGCACAGCGGGUGAUAUCCCAAUUACUCAGCCCAAACGCCGACAUGAGGCUAUCGUCGAUGAUCCAGCGCGAAGAUGUGCAAGAUCGCCUUUCUCGAAUUGAGCUACAAGUCUUACACAGCCAGAACGAGCCUCUCAGCAGACUGCAAGCGCUCGCACUUCGCCGAGGGGGAGAAUCCAACGUGACCGACGAAGAAUUAUUCGAAGAAGGGGAACUGGAUGGUUAUCUCAACUCUGAAGCAGUGGCGCAAUACCUUCACGAGACUCACCCAGAAUGGGAUGAUCACCCGCAGACCGAGUCUAUUCCCAACAUUGAAACUGGCAACCGAGAGUUGGCAUCUGGACACACGCAGACCAAUCAAUUACUGGCGGAGGCCCACACCCGCCGUGUCUGGGCACUUGGUCACGGUACCGCCGUCUUAUCAACAUCCAAUGAUCAUGAAGAGGAAGAAGAAGGUGGCGAAGACGGCAAUCCACCACUGGACCGGGAUUCAUACAUGGCCAUGGGACUUCAAGGCGACUACGAAGGCGUGGAUCCGGACACUGCACGGUACUUUGGCAGUGAGUUUGAGUGA